AGGUCUUGCAGCCAGUGGGGGCUCCUAGUGGCAUCAUGUGGCUGCUGCAGUCCCUGUUGCUCUGUGUUCCCUUAUCUCUCGCCUCCGUGAGCGGCCAGCAGAAGCCCCAGGUACCAGAUUAUCCUGGUGAACUCCAUUGCGGGCUAUGGAGCCUUCAGUUCACCAUAAACCUGCAUCCCGGGAAAACGACUCCUGGGCUCCUAGCUUGGGACAACCGCGGGCUGCCACACAGGCUGCAGAAUGACUCCGGCUGCGGUACCUGGGUAAGGGAGGGCCCAGGGGGCUCCGUGGUGUUAGAAGCAUCUUACAGCAGCUGCUAUGUCACUGAGUGGGUGAGGACGACCCAAUCCCCUGGAAUGCCGAGACCCCCGGCCCCAGCGUCCAGGGUGGCUCCCCAGGACUCCCAUUACGUCAUGCUAGUCGGAGUUGAAGGAGCAGAUGCGGCCGGGCACAGCAUGGUUACAAACACCAAGCUGCUCCGGUGCCCUAGGAAUCCCCCAGACCAAACUUUGGUAUCUAGUGUGAGUCCCUCUCCUCUUCAAAAUGUAGCCCUAGAUGCUUUAAACGCUGACCUGUGUGACUCUGUCCCAAUGUGGGACAGGCUGCCAUGUACUUCUUCACCCAUCACUCAGGGAGACUGCAAGAAGCUUGGUUGCUGCUAUGAAUCAGAGGCGAAUUCCUGUUACUAUGGAAACACAGUGACUUCGCACUGUACCCAAGACGGCUACUUCUCCAUUGCCGUGUCUCGGAAUGUGACCUCCCCCCCACUCCUCUUAAAUUCUGUGCACUUGGCCUUUGGGAACGACCACGAAUGUCACCCUGUGAUGGCAACACAUGCUUUUGCCCUGUUCUUGUUUCCAUUUAAUUCCUGUGGCACCACGAGACGGAUCACUGGAGACCAGGCAAUAUAUGAAAAUGAGCUGAUUGCAGCUAGAGAUGUGAGGACGUGGAGCCAGGGUUCUAUUACCCGUGACAGUAUUUUCAGGCUUAGCGUUAGCUGCAGCUACUCUGUAAGCAGCAAUGCCUUCCCGGUUAAUGUCCAGGUGUUUACCAUCCCGCCACCCCACCUAGAGACCCAGCCUGGACCCCUCACUCUGGAACUCAAGAUUGCCAAAGAUAAGCACUACGUCUCCUACUACACUGCUGGUGACUACCCAGUGGUGAAGUUGCUUCGGGAUCCCAUUUACGUAGAGGUCUCAAUCCUCCACAGAACAGACCCCUCCCUGGGGCUGCUCCUCCAUCACUGUUGGGCCACGCCCAGCAUGAACCCCCAGAGUCAGCCCCAGUGGCCCAUGCUGGUGAAAGGCUGCCCCUAUGCUGGAGACAACUAUCAGACCCAGCUGCUCCCUGUCCAGAAAGCCCUGGAUUCACCAUUUCCGUCUCACCACCAGCGCUUCAGCAUCUUUACCUUCAGCUUUGUGGAUACCAUGGCAAAGUGGGCACUCAGGGGACUGGUGUAUGUGCACUGUAGUGCAUCCGUCUGCCAGCCUGCUGGGACUUCCUCCUGUAGGAUAACCUGCCCUGUUGCCAGGCGAAGAAGAUACUCUGACUUCCAUUCUCCCAGCAGUACUGCCAGCAUCUCUAGCAAGCCCAUGAUUCUACUCCAAGCCACGAAGGACUCCUCAGAAAAGCUCCAUAGAAAGUCAAGUUCUCCUAUGGACCCCAAAGCUCUGUGGAUGGUAGGCCUUUCUGGGACCCUAAUCGUUGGAUUCUUGUUAGUGUCCUACUUGGCUAUCAGGAAACCGAGGUGAAUUAUUCUAGUUGUGUUAAUAAAACCAGACUGCACUACC